CCUCCACCUCCUCCGCCCCCGCCGUCGGACGAGGGGGCCGCAGCGUGGGCCCGUCGCGCGGCCGCGCUCUCGCUGCUGGGGCUCACCGGCGCCGUCGCCGCCAGCGCCUUCAGCGACCUCUCCGUCUUCCUCUCCUGCUCCAGCCAGGCAAUGGAGAAGGCUACCAAGAACCAGCAGGUAGCGAGCGCGAUCGGCGAGCCCAUCACGCGGGGUCCCUGGUACAGCGCCUCCAUCGCCGUGAACCGCGCGAGGCGCUCCGUCUCCUGCACUUUCCCGGUGUCGGGGCCCCAAGGCGACGGGCUUCUCAAGUUCAAGGCUGUUCGCUUGGGAGGUGUGUGCCGGUUGACGACUUGACAUCACAAUUUUGUGUCUAAUUUCAUAAAUGAAUGGAGCAUGGUUCAGAUAAAUCUUUGCGAGCAUUUAUCAUAGCUAUAGCAAUUGUUGCAAGGGCAGACUGUAGAAUUACAAACCUAGAUUCUGAUAUUUGCUCACAAAAGUUACAUGGUUCGAAGAGAAGUUGACCAUGCUAAGCAUAGGGUUUGAGGUUGAGGCUGGUGCUCACUAUGCAACAUCAGUAUUCUCACAGUCCUUUUACAAUGUAAACAGAAAGAAUGAAACUCAACUUCUACCCUUGUUGCCCCUGAUUGUUUCAACACUGUAACAAACUAAUUCUGAUUUCAUAAAUGGAUAAAGCGUGAUUGGACUUU